AUGUGUGUGGUCAUUAAUUUGGAUGUUGUGUGCCUGGUGUGUUUGCAUCAUUCCGCAGAAAUGCAUAGCAUCUUUGAUACGGCAUCCGAUGAGAAUGAUAUUCAAAUAGCCCAAAAGAUUUCCACAUUGUCAAAGCUGAAGGUGGAUUCCAAAAAUGAGCAUUUACCGGAUAAGAUAUGUGAUGGUUGUCUAAAAGAUCUCAAGGCUGCCUGGAGAUUUCAUAGGAAUUGUCAAACGGCAGUGGCUGUUUUUCAGAGUAUCCUCAAACCAAUACUAAAGCUACGAGAACAAACAGAAACGAAAAGUAUUGAAAAUCAGGAAUCGGAAGACAAUGUUACGAACGAACCAACGUCUUCUUCCUCCUCGGGUGAACAACACGGAGCCGUAGAAAUGACAAUUAAAGAAAUGUUCGAUGAAGACCAGCCGGACCAUCAACUAGCAGCUGUAAUUGAAAGCACGGAUGAACAAGAUAUUGUUGAUGAGUCGUCCAUGGUUGCCGAAGAGGUGGAGGAGGAAGAAGAAGAAACAGCUGUUAAAGAAGAAACCGUCAACAAAUUUGUGGAACUAAAUCAAUGCAUUACCGAAGAAGACCACGAGGAAGAUUUUCAAUCGGUCGAUGAUGGUGCCACCUAUGAAACUCAAGGACUUGUAGAGUAUUAUUUAACGGAUGAUAAUGAAGAAAUCAAAAGAGUUAGUAAGGCAAAACAGCCCAGAAUACUGAAAAGCGAAAAAGAUACUUCGACCAUAGCAUCUAAGAAAAUGAUUGUUCAGUCUGCAAGAGAUGACACAAAUGUAUCCACUUCAAGUAUGGCAACCAGAGGAAUUGUUACUCGGGCACUGGAACGAAAAUCGGAAGCAUCGAAAAUUGUGAAAUUUGCUACUGCCGCAAGACGAAAACAAAUUCAAUAUCAACCCGCCACAUCGAAAACAUCCCAACAACAAAGGAUCCCACAACAAACAAUUGAUUCGGAAGACAAUGCAAGUCAAAGUAAUGCCGAAUCUGAGACAAGUUCACGCAAACGGAAAGCAGGCACAGCGGCAGGAACGAGGGUUCCAAAGAUAUGCGAAAUAUGUGGCAAUUCGUAUCGCUUCCAGCAUGCCCUCAAUGCCCAUAUGCGUCGUCAUUUCGACGAUAAACCUUUUCCCUGUGAAAUGUGCUCCAAGGCAUUUGUUUCCAAUGUGGAACUGCGUCGCCACAUGCGCGUACACACUGGCCAGAAGCCGUAUGCCUGUCAGUAUUGUGAUCGUCGCUUUUCCGAUUAUGGAUCCCGGAUAAAACAUGAACGCACCCACACCGGUGAACGACCAUACGGUUGUGCAACAUGUGGCAAAACAUUUGCCUAUCCUCAUGUCCUGUCCGUUCAUCUGAGAACCCAUACGGGUGAAAAGAAAUUCAAAUGUAGUUAUUGUCCCAAAGGAUUUACGAAGAAAGCGUAUUUAAUUACCCACAUGGAUACGUAUCAUAGCAACGUGGGAGAUGUUACAACAUAUGAAUUGACUAUGGAGGAUGAUGAUGGGGAUAACGUCGAAACCGAUAAUGAACAAUUGGGGGAUGCAAUGUUUACACCCGAGUUCAUUAUUGAUGACCAACAACAGGAACAUCAAGAUAGAGGUCAAAUUGAUAAAAGUCAUCACCACAAACUGGAAGAAGGUGACGGAGAUGAUGAUGAUAAUGAUAAUAAUGUUGAUGAUGACGAUAACAGAAAUGCCCAAAUGCUAGUACCAAAAUCACUUUUACGCCUGAAAAGUGAAAAUAAUACCGAAGAUGAUAACGAUGUACAAGAAGUUGAAAUCCAUUUGGAUGAAUAUACAAUAAGAGUACGAUAA